AUGAAUCUAAUAUACUGUCCCAUACUAGCGAAGAUAGAUAAGCUUUCAAUUCUGGGGGUUCGCUCCUUCGACAACACCCGUAGCGAAACCAUCCAGUUCCACACCCCUCUUACGUUAAUCGUCGGUUACAAUGGUUCGGGAAAGACAACGAUUAUCGAAUGUCUCAAAUACGCCACCACCGGCGACCUUCCGCCAAACAGCAAGGGCGGCGCCUUCAUCCAUGACCCGAAAUUAUGUGGGGAGAAAGAAGUCUUGGCUCAAGUGAAGCUGUCAUUCAAGGGCACGUCGGGUGCUAAGAUGGUAUCUACGCGAAGCCUACAACUCUCCGUGAAGAAAACCACCCGGCAGCAGAAGACGCUAGAAGGCCAACUGCUAAUGAUCAAAGAUGGUGAAAGGACAGCUAUCUCUUCAAGAGUUGCGGAGCUGGAUCAGAUUAUGCCUCAGUACCUUGGGGUCUCCAAAGCCAUCUUAGAUUCUGUAAUUUUCUGCCACCAAGACGAGAGCUUGUGGCCUAUGAGUGAACCUUCAGUCUUGAAGAAGAAAUUCGACGAAAUAUUCGAAGCGAUGAAGUAUACAAAAGCUAUUGACAAUAUCAAAUCUCUGAGGAAGAAGCAGAACGAGGAACUUGCCAAGUACAAGAUCAUGGAACAACACGCCAAGGAGGAUAAGGAGAAAGCAGACCGAGCAGAAAAGCGAUCGAUCAAGCUACAACAAGAGAUCGAAACCUUACGUGAGGAGACACAACAGCUUUCUCUGGAGAUGCGACGUGUCGCUGAGCUAGCCGAUAAAGCCUGGCGAGAGUCCGAAAGUUACUCCCAAGUCCUUGGUACUCUAGAAGGAAAGCGUAUUGAGGCAAAAAGUAUCCAAUCAACUAUCGACAAUCUGAAAAGACACCUGGUCGAGCUUGAUGAUUCAGACGAAUGGUUACAGUCAAACCUGGAACAGUUCGAGUCCAAGCAGCUUCAGUAUGAACAGCAAGAGGAGGCUCGAAAGGAGAACUACAUGGAGAUCAAAGAGCAAAUUGAGCGGACACGGCAAAAGCUAGGUGUUAAACAGGCAGAAUACGGCAAGUUUGAGAAUGAUAAAGCCAAUUUCGAGAGGCAGGUUGAACGGAGACGAAGGAUGACCAAAGAGAUCGCACGUAGCAACAAUAUUCGGGGAUUUGACAACAUUCAGGACCAGAAUGAUGUCGAUGAAUUUAUGAGGAAGGUCAGGAAGUUGCUGAAAGAUCAGAACCAGACCCUAGACCGGGUCAAGCGGGAGGCACAAGGCGAGCUGCGCGAAGUACAAACUGCUCUGAACGACAUUGCACAGCAAAAGUCUGCAUUGCAGGAGACCAAGAACGCUGCUAAGCGACAGAUAGCCGCGAAUGACAAGGAAUCAACCACGUAUCAAGGAAAGCUUAAUGAAAUAAACGUGGAUGAAGGUGUUCAAGCGGCGCUUGAGGCCAACAUCGAAGACAUCCAGUCGCAUCUGGAUCAAGCUAAGGGGCGAGCAAAAUCUGCUUCUUGGGACAAAGAGAUCCACGACAUCAAUUCGGAAAUUCGAGGCCUUGAAGAUGAGAGUUCGCGCUUGAACUCAGAACUCAUCGAUGCCACUAAACGGGCCGGUGACUUGGCACGAUUGGAUCAUCUAAAGAAAGAGUUGAAGGAGCGGGAGCGCAGCCUGGAAACUAUGAAGGGCGCCCACGGCGAACGUCUAUCAAAAUUCGUCGGUCAAGACUGGAAACCUGAUACCCUGGAGCAGGAAUUCCAGCAUGUGCUGGAAGAGGAAUCCAAGCAGGUGUCCCGCGCUGAAAACGAACGAGAUGGCGUCAGUAGGGAACUAGAGCAAGUGGAAUUCAGACUCAAGAAUACCAAGAAGGUUUUAGGCCAACGACAGAAGGCUCUAAAAGAAUGCAUCGAGGAGAUUCGUGAAGCUAUCAACGAUGAACCCGAAGAAUUUCCCGAGGUUCUCAAGCAACGACAAGCACAGCUUGAUAUUGCAAGAAAAGAUGCUGAACAGUAUGCUGGGAUCGGCGAGUAUAUGGCAACUUGUCUGGAAACUGUUAAACAGUCGAAGGUGUGUAGGCUGUGCCAUCGAGGCUUCAAGAGUGAUGCCGAGCUGCAGACCUUCAGAAACAAAUUGGAAAAUCUGGUUAAGAAGGCUAAAAGAGAUGCCGACGACGAGGAUGUGAAGAACUUAGAAGAGGAUCUUGAGGCUGCACGAUCAGCCAGCACUUCCUAUGAUACAUGGUCUCGUUUUCAGCAGACGGAAAUCCCGGAGUUGGAAAAGGAAGAGGAGCAAUACGUAUUGCAGCGUGACGAGCUCCUCAAUCAGUUGGAGGACCGCGACAAAAUUGUCAGCGAAAAGACUGAAAAGAAAAGAGAUGUCGAAGCUCUCGCCAAAACGGUCAACACGAUCGUCCGAUAUGAUGGUGAAAUUAAAUCCAUCCGUUCCCAGAUACAAGACCUUUCCUCUAAACAACAGGAUACUACCUCAGCACGCACGCUCGAGGAUAUUCAAGAAGAGAUAGCAGCUAUUGGUGAAAAGUCUAGGGCUUUGAAGAAGAGUUUGUCGAAGCUCACACAUGAAAAAGAGCAAACACAGACCGAGAUUAACAACCUGGAACUACAGUUAAGAGACGUGAAGAGCAACCUCGACAACGCGAAAUUUCAAUUAGAAAGAAAGUCCGACCUCCUCGCUCGUAUUGAAGAAUACAAAAAUCUCAACAACCAACAACGAGAAGCAAUCGCAAAAGCCGAUAGGGAUAUUGAGGAUUUGACUCCUGAGCUUCUCAAGGUUCAAGCUAAGUAUGACGAUAUUAGCCAGCGGGCCGAAGCACGCGAAAGAGAAAUGCAACAAACAAUCUCUCAGAUGUCGGAGAGUGUACAUCAGCUCGAGCUGGCAAACGAAGAGAUUGAUGCAUAUAAUGAGCGGGGAGGUCCGACUCAACUGGAACGCAGUAAGCGCGAACUCGAGAAUAUCGAGAAGCAGAUUGGCCAGCUCGAAGCCGAACAGGCGAAUAUAACGAAAGAGAUCAACAAGAUAUCUUCCCAGCUGAAGGAUAGCGAGAACACCAAGCGUCAAUAUGCGGAUAAUCUCACAUAUCGUCAAGCAACUAGGGCGCUUGACGAGGUCACACAAGAGAUCGAACAGUUAGCAGCCCAGAACGCAGAGGUUGAUCGGAGCCGGUUCAAGGACGAGUCAGAACGUCGAACCCGCGAACAUAACGCACUGGCUGCAAAGCAAGCUGGCAGGAUGGGCGAGAUGAAAUCUAAAGACGAUCAACUGAUGCAGCUUCUAGCAGACUGGAACACAGAUUAUAAAGAUGCGGCGUCCAAAUACAAGGAAGCACACAUCAAGGUGGAGACCACGAAAGCUGCGGUGGAUGACUUGGCUCGCUACGGAGGAGCCCUGGAUAAGGCCAUUAUGAAAUACCAUGGCUUAAAGAUGGAGGAGAUCAAUGCCAUUGUCGGAGAGCUAUGGCAGAAGACCUACCGAGGCACUGACGUUGAUACUAUCCUUAUCCGCUCCGAUAAUGAAAAUGCCAAGGGUAACCGGUCCUAUAACUACCGAGUCUGUAUGGUCAAGCAGGGAGCGGAAAUGGAUAUGCGUGGACGCUGCAGCGCAGGACAAAAGGUACUCGCAAGUAUCAUCAUCCGCUUGGCUCUCGCAGAGUGCUUUGGUGUCAACUGCGGUCUGAUCGCGCUUGACGAGCCGACGACGAAUCUUGACCGGGAUAAUAUCCGGUCCUUGGCUGAGUCGCUACAUGAUAUCAUUCGCACUCGUCAGGCGCAGAGCAAUUUUCAGCUCAUUGUUAUCACGCACGAUGAGGAAUUCCUACGCUACAUGCAGUGCGGAGACUUCAGCGACUACUACUACCGGGUGUCUCGGAACGAGAAGCAGAAGUCCAUCAUCGAAAGACAGUCAAUCGCAGAGGUAGGCAGAAUUCCCAAUCGUUUUUUCGACUUUCAUGCUAACGGAUUGCAGGUUAUGUGA